AGUGUCAAAGCAGGCGGAAGUGGUACUGCCCUGAAUACGCUUAGCAGCAAGCGGAGGACGGCCUGAUAAACUCAUCUUUCAGAGAAUAAAAUCGGGAUUCCACGUACGCUCUAAAUCCUAAAAGAUGGAUAAGAACGACCUGGUGCAGAAAGCCAAGCUUGCAGAGCAGGCCGAGCGCUACGACGACAUGGCGGCUGCCAUGAAGGCUGUGACGGAGCAGAGCUCGGAGCUCAGCAACGAGGAGCGAAACCUCCUCUCUGUCGCCUACAAGAACGUUGUGGGGGCCCGGCGUUCCUCCUGGCGCGUCAUCUCCAGCAUCGAGCAUAAGGCAGAAGAGAAGAAAAAGCAGAUGGCUUCAGAAUACCGCUUGAAGAUUGAGAAUGAACUCAGAGAAAUCUGCGAGGAUGUGCUGAGACUCCUCGACGAAUUCCUUAUUGCCAAUGCAAGUCAGCCGGAGAGUAAGGUGUUCUACCUCAAAAUGAAAGGAGACUACUACAGAUACCUGUCCGAGGUGGCCAUUGGGGAUGAUAAGAAGAGAACGGUGGAACAGUCUCAGCAGGCUUACCAGGGCGCCUUCGACAUCAGCAAGACGGAAAUGCAGCCGACGCACCCCAUCCGACUGGGCCUGGCCCUCAACUUCUCCGUCUUCUACUACGAAAUCCUCAACUCUCCUGAGCAGGCGUGCACUCUGGCCAAACAGGCUUUCGAUGACGCAAUCGCCGAGCUCGACACCUUGAACGAGGACUCGUACAAAGACAGCACGCUGAUAAUGCAGCUACUAAGGGACAAUCUCACUCUGUGGACAUCAGAAAACCAGGGAGAUGAGGCCGAAACCGGCGAUGGAGAGAACUAGAGCGCACUUCACUGUUAACCCAUCCCCACUCUCUUCCUCUUCCUUUUAUCUCUCUUCCUCUUUCUUCUCUUCUUCCUCUCUUCGUACACAUAAACAGCCCAUUCAUUCCCUCGUCCCACUUGUUCAAGCCCAGCCUCCCAACUUCCCUUCUGUAUAACCAGCAGCAUGAAUAGUACCUGACCUUCACAAAUGAAUUUGAAAAAAUAAAAAGACCUGAAGACCUCUCCCACCUUCCCUCCAUUGGUCAUGGCACUCCAGUGCCAGCCAGCACGCCACAGCCACUGGCUGGCCUCGUCUUAUAACAAGCACGGAGGGUUUUAAUCCACUCCCAUAAAAUUAUGUUUUUACUCUAGUUUUUAAUCUCUCGCCUCUAUUCCUUUCUUUCUCUCCCACCCCACUCCUCCUCCCUAACAUCUCAGUAUGUUCUCUCCCCCUCUUUUGCGAGAUCAUGGAUUUACAUAGUUGUUCAUCCCUUUUUUUGUCCUUCUGGCUAUUAGUGUACUGGCAAAAAAAACUGGCUGGUUUUAUUCCACUUUAAACAACAACAACAAAAAACGUUAUUAAACUGUCCGUUUAUUUCCAACAAA